GGGGCUGAGGGGAUGCCGGUGCGGAUGGCGGCCGCAGUGCCUCCCAUGCAUAGCCUGCGCUUGGAGAACGCGUCCAUCUUGUCUGAGGGGGCUCUGCAGGAUGGGCAUCGCCUCUGGAUUGGAAACCUGGACCCCAAGAUUACAGAGUACCACCUUCUUAAGCUCCUUCAAAAGUUUGGCAAGGUGAAGCAAUUUGAUUUUCUCUUCCACAAGUCAGGCGCUUUGGAGGGGCAGCCCAGGGGCUACUGCUUUGUGAACUUCGAAACUAAGCCGGAAGCUGAGCAAGCGAUCCAGUGCCUCAAUGGCAAGCUGGCCCUGUCAAAAAAAUUGGUGGUGCGGUGGGCCCAUGCCCAAGUCAAGAGAUUCGAUCAGAAUAAGAAUGAAAAGAUACUGCCUAUCAGUCUGGAGCCCUCGUCCAGCACAGAGCCAGCCCAGUCCAAUCUGAGUGUUAGUGCCAAGAUCAAAGCCAUUGAGGCCAAGCUGAAAAUGAUGGCGGAGAACCCCGAUGCAGAGUUCCCCCCAGUGGCUGCUUACUCCUACUUCAAGCCGCCUGAUAAGAAACGGACUACUCCGUACUCCAGGACAGCCUGGAAGUCAAAGAGAUGAUCCCGAUGAGACAGAUAU